CAACGAUUGUAUAGAUUGGCCUAAAAAAGCCAACUUGAUGGAAAUUUCUAUAAACGUUUUUGUUUUCAUAUUGUAUACUUUGGUGGUUUUGUAUUUGCAACAUUUUGUCAACAAAUACACGGAAUUCGUGCGCAGUCUUUAGAUGAGUAUGUUGGGACUGCAAUCCUACGGGAGCUCCUCCGAGGGCGAGUCGGACAGCGAGCAAGGCCAGAAGCAGGAGUCGGAGCAGGCAUUGCCCGCGCAUUUACAGCCCGUGGACAAAACACAUUCGCUAUCCACAGCUCUGGCUGUUUGUGCAGCACCCGAGGUGGUGCCAAUGGGUGCGGUGGCUGUUUCGCGGACGCUGGAUCCAACGCUCAAGGAAGUCGCAUAUAAUCCACGCUACGAUGAAAUGUAUGCACCGGUCAAGGGACCAGAGCAUCCAAAUCUGACCAUGCAGCAGAGGGCGCCGCGGAAUACGCUAGCUGGUUACGUGGAGAAGGCGCACAUAAAUGCCUUUGAGUUCGAGAAUCAACGACGCACGUUCCACACCUACGGUUAUGCCUUGGAUCCCACUGUGGACGAGGACGCCGAUGGCAAGUCAUUUGUGGGAGACUUGCAAUCCGCCUACGAUGACAAUGGCAAAACAGUUUUUGAGGCGCCCAAGUCGAAAAAGAUGCGCAAGCAGGAGAAAAAUGAUAAUCCAGAGGAUGUUGAGGGCUUUCUAGGGCCAUGGGGCAGGUUUGAGAACGAGGUAACUGUAGCUAAGCCCAAUGAACAGGAACGCGCCGAGUUGGAUGAGCUGCUCUCAAAGCGACACAAACGAGGACGCAUUCCCGAGGACAAGCCGCUCGAGGAGAAGUCCACGCUGCACAUCAAGGAUGCCUACGAUUACCAGGGACGCUCUUAUCUGCAUGCACCACACGAUCUCGGCGUGAAUUUGCGUUCGAAUGCACCACCUCCAAAAUGUUUUCUUCCCAAGGCGCACAUACACACCUGGACGGGUCACAACAAGGGCAUCUCAUCCAUACGCUGGUUCCCCAAGACGGCACAUCUUCUGCUCUCCGGCUCCAUGGAUUGCCGUGUCAAGCUGUGGGAGGUCUAUGGCGAUCGGCGUUGCGUACGCACCUUCUCGGGUCAUCGACAGGCCAUCAAGGAUAUUGCGUGGAACAACAAAGGAACCCACUUUCUGUCUGCCUCGUAUGAUCGCUACAUAAAACUCUGGGAUGCAGAGACCGGCGAUGUCGUCUCGCGCUUCACAACCCGCAAGAUGCCCUUCUGCGUCAAGUUUCAUCCGGAUAACAGCAAGCAGCAUUUAUUUGUGGCCGGCACCUCCGACAAGAAGAUCAUUUGCUGGGACACGCGCAGUGGCGAUAUUGUGCAGGAAUACGAUCGACAUUUGGGUUCAGUUAGUACCAUUACCUUUGUGGAUGAUAAUCGCAGAUUCGUGACCACAUCGGAUGACAAAUCCAUGCGCAUUUGGGAGUGGGACAUUCCAGUGGACAUGAAAUACAUUGCAGAUCCAACAAUGCACUCCAUGCCUGCAGUCACAUUGGCGCCCAAUGGCAAGUGGAUGGCCUGCCAAUCGCUGGACAACAAAAUCGUGAUAUUCUCCGCCCUGAAUCGUUUCAAAAUGAAUCGCAAGAAGACCUUCACCGGACACAUGGUCUCCGGCUAUGCCUGCCAACUGGACUUCUCCCCCGAUAUGAGCUACCUGGUGUCGGGCGAUGGCGAUGGCAAAUGCUACAUCUGGGAUUGGAAAACAACGAAAAUGUACAAGAAGUGGCAGGCGCACGAGGGCGUCUGCAUCAGCGCAUUGUGGCAUCCACAUGAGGCGAGUAAAUUGGUUACUGCCGGCUGGGAUGGUCAGAUUAAAUAUUGGGAUUAAUUGAUCAUUAAUAUUCUAAGCACAAAUGUAUAAACGAACUCUGUAAACUGACUAAAUGAGAAAACAACAAUGUUAACCUCAUGGAAA